ACGUCUACGGUCUAUACGGUGGAGGAUCCAUUUUUAUGGCCGCCUAGAAAUUGCUAUCACCAUAACCCUUGUAUUUGUUUCUCUCUUAGCAUCGUCCGCCUUGGCAGCUAGUUUUGGGAGGAGAAAAAGGAUGUCGGGUCUUGAUGAGAAACUCCGACAGCUAGAACAAGACCUGCAAGCAGCCUUAUCAAACUGUGCUGCUGAAAGGAAGGGCCGCAUCAGAGCUCAGCAGGCAUUAAGGGAAGAAUUGGCCAAGGCUUGUUCUAAUGAUCCCGAGUCAAAAUCAUUUCCGAUGACACCUAUAGCUACCAUUCAAUCAUGUUUCUCUACAAGGUAAUCUUUGAGAGUUUUUUUUUGGAGAAAGUUUUUAUUAUUAAAAGGAGUAAAAGGAGCCGAUAUGAGCCAAAGCCCCUAAUAUUACAUAUGAUAUAUGUAAGGGUAACUAAUGACAUCAAAUUUAAGAAUCCCCAUGAGGCCUGAAAUCAUAAGAUUGUCAUAACUGUUGCAGUUGUGUCUUCAAUAGGCCCUAUUAAGAAAAAUGGUUAGCAACUUUGUUAGAUGUACUAAAGAUCCAUCUCCAUCUGCAACGCCAGCUAUAGCUAUAUCUCUCUAGGGCCAUCAUAAUAUUUUCAAUCUCAUUAUGGACUCUACGAUUUGUAGGGGACUGUUUGUUUUGGAUUUGGCCACAUCGAUUAUAUCACAUUCCAUCGUCAAUUCCUUGAUGCCUUUAGAGUUUAGUCUCCACAGUCGGCACAACUAAUGGAAGUUCGAUAGUUAGAAAAAUAGCCCACAUAAUGCAUUGGUCCUGAUAAUAGUGAGCCCAGAAAAUAGGGUCCCAAAGCUGUUUCAGAGGAUGGCUCAACCUCCAGUACCACCUUUACUUGAUGCGCUGUAUAAGAGAUAUUGAGCUUGUAGGAUCCUCAGCCAGUGGGAGCCACCUACAAAGAAUCACCAUGGGUCAUUUAUUCUUUUUGCAUGAAUACAGUGUAAAUCAUCCAAGAUGUUACAAACUGUAGCCUCAAAGCUAGGGGUUUUAUCCUCGUAAAGAAACUUAUUCCUGUCUUUUCAAAUAUUCCAAAUGAUGGAUAUGGGGCUAAAGAUCAGGAGAUCAUUUUCUCUAACAUGAGCACAGGUAAAGCAAUUACUUUGAAUGACAUGCACAUCAGGGUCAUCGUCCCUAUUUGGGAGAGACUUAAUGAGUAAAGAAGUUCCAAAUCGUUGCGCUAAACCUGUAAUGAAGGAAGUAGUGAUCAAUAGUAUCCAAAGUAUUGCAGAAAGGACAUUUCAAAGGUCCGAGGUACCCAAAAGUACUGAGGGCGUUAGAGAGACGCCAUAACAUAAAUGAGAUCUCUUUGGGAUCCCUUUACUUCAAACAUUCUUGGACAGAUCAGAAAUAAGAGUUAUACUCCCUGUAGGUGUUAUGGGUGGAUUUCAUGGCAAAGUUCUUAUUUGAAUUCAGUAACCAAAUGGCAACAUCUUUAGUGCUAGAAAAAACAGUAAACGUAUUGGUCAGGUUUAGACAAAUGUCCGGCAGGAUAUGAUGGUUUUUAUGUGUUAAUUCUAGGAAGAAUAUCGCCUUCAAAAAAAUAUUCUAGCAAGAA